AUGGGAUCACAAAAUUCUAAAGAUUAUGCUACAAACUAUAAAAGUGGCAGUAAAUUUGAUGAAGUCAUCAACCAAGAUAGCGAAUCAAUAUCGUCUUCCUCAACCUCAUCAAAAGAGGCAAAGAAAUAUAGAAGAUAUACUAUUCAUCAUAAAACCUAUAAUCAUGAUUUAAAUAUUGAUAGUAGUAGUGGUGGUGGUGGUAGCAAUAAUAAUAAUAAUAAUAGUGUCUCAAAAUCUAGUAGUAGUACAACCACAGAAAAUACAUUAUCACAGUCAACCCCCUCCACAACAACAACAUCCCAAUCCCACCAACACCAACACUUUACAACUUCAGAUAAAAAUAAUAAUAUAAACAGUAAUAAUAAUAAUAAUAAUAAUAACAACUCUACUAAUAAUACUAAUAAUAAUAAUAACAACAAUCAUAUUAAUAAUAAUUCUAAAAAGAGUAGUAAUAGAAGAGAGAAAUCAAAAACUAUAAAUCUUGGAAAUUAUAAUAACAAUAAUAGUAGUGCUACUAGUAUAGGCAACAAUACCAACAACACUAGUUUGAAUUCCAUAACAAAUAGUGCAUCUUCUUCUACUUGUAAUCUGACAUUUGACUCUUCGUUAUCGAUAUCGUCGGGACUGUCAGCUGGAACAAGUUAUUCAUCGGUUGAUAUUGCACUUGGAAAAGAGUCAUCGUCCUCGUCGUUGUCUAAUCAACAUUUCAAUCGUACUCGUUCCAGAUCAUUAAAUAUUUAUAACAACAACAACAAUAACAAUACCACUUUAAGUAGUUGUAUGGAAGAGGAUAACAACAAAUCAAAAUCAACCAAAAAGAUCAAAGGAACAAAAUCAAAAUCAAGUACUGCAUUAUUCAAGUCUAUCACUUUAAGAGGAAAAAAGGAUAAAGAAAAGGAAAAAGAAAAAGAGAAACCAACCAAUAACUUAAAGGUUUCAAAAGAAGAAGAAGAGGGAGGAGGAUUACCAACAGUAAAGGAAGAACUAAAACAAGAGGAAAAGAAACAACCAUCUCCUACCAAAUUUAUUCCAACAGUUGAAACAAAUAAUCAUUUUAUUGAAGAAGAAGAAGAGGUAAUCAACGUCAACGAUAACCUAGGACUUGAACCAUCAUCAUCAUCAUUAUCUGGUGAAUUUAAAGAAGAGGAAUAUUAUCAUCAUCAUCAAAACGACUAUAAUUAUAAUUCAGAAAAUAAUAAUUAUCAAUAUUGUUACGAAUAUCAAGAUCAAGAAGAACAAUAUCAACAACAAAACCAAGAAGAAUAUUUUGAGGAAGCCAAUAGUGUUUAUAUUUCACCACCACCACCAAACAAGAAACCACCUCCUUUACCACCCAAAAACUUUAAACCUAAACUAUCGAUGGAUCCAAUGUCACCGCCACAACAACACGAUCCAACGUUGAAUACAUUGUCUCCAUUGUCACGAUCCUCUUUACUUGGUCGAAAGCUAUCUUCACUCUUCCCACCAUUGGAACCAUCGAUGCCAUCACCAUGUAGCUCACAACGUAGUUCAAUCGAAUUAAACUACCUCAAAGAGAUUCAAAACUAUGUUUUAUUGGAAAAGAUUGGAAGUGGAACAUUUAGUAAUGUUCAUCUAUGUAGUCACAAAGAUCACGACUCUAAACGAUUUGCAAUCAAAGUUAUCGAUAAAUCACUUGUACAAAUGAUUGCUUCACAUACAGACUUGGAUGUAACCACUGAAGUCAAUAUUUUAAAGAGUCUCAAACAUCCAAAUAUCAUUCAAUUACAUGAUCAUUUUGAAACUGAAAAUAAUUAUUAUAUUGUUAUGGAAUUAUUAAAUGGUGGAGAAUUAUUAUAUAAUAUUGAAAAUAAUUCAAGUAAACAAGACCAAAGUAGUGUAAAUUAUACAGAAGAUUCGGCGAGAAAGAUUAUUAAACAAAUUGUACAUGCCAUUGAUUUCUUGCAUCAACAAAAUGUGGUUCAUCGAGAUUUGAAGCCGGAAAACAUUCUAUUUAGAGACCAUAGUGAUUUUUCGACUUUAAAGAUUAUCGAUUUUGGUUUGGCAGCCUAUUACAACAACGAACCAUUGGUAGAUGUUUGUGGAACACCAGAUUUCCAAGCACCAGAGAUGAUAAAGAGACUUGGUUAUUCAUUCCCAGUCGAUAUUUGGGCAAUAGGUGUCAUCUUGUACAUUCUCUUAUGUGGUCAUCCACCAUUCCAAGCUAAAAACUCGAUAGCUGUCAUGGCAUUGAUUAUGCGUGCAGAAAUUAAAUUUGAUCAAGAGGUUUGGUCAACCAUAUCUCCUCUGGCAAAGGAUCUAGUCAUCAAAAUGCUAGAACCAGACCCUUCAAAAAGACUUACCAUACAACAAAUUCUUGAUCACGAAUGGAUCAAGGUAGAACCAACAACUGAAACUGACUCUCCAAGAAUUGGUCCUCAAUUCCAUCGUCAUCUACGUCGUUACAAUUCUCAAAGAUAUUUUAAACAAACUGGUGAUGCUAUAUUAAAAAGUCAAAGGUAUUCAAUUUAUGCAUUCCCACCACCUUUAUCACCAAUUCAAACUCCUUUAUUUAAUAAUGGUAUUGGUCAUUUAAAAUUACCAAAUAUUCUUGAUCAAUAA